AUGGGAAAGGGCAAGAAAAUGGUAUUGAUUGGUGAGCCUUUUAGUCCAGUUGUGAAGCCCACUACUAUUCGUACUGUUUUGAGUCUUGAUGUUACUCGAAAAUGGGCUACUCACCAAUUAGAUGUCAAGAAUGCUUUUUUUACAUGGAGACUUGCAAAAUACGGUGUAUAUGCAUCAAACGCUUCUAGGGCUUGGUAUCAUUGUUUUGCUACUUACCUUUUGUCUCUUGGUUUCAUGAAUAGUAAGAGUGAUUCUUCUCUAUUCAUCUUUCAUCGUGAUUCUGAAGUUGCAUAUUUACUCUUAUACGUUGAUGAUAUUAUUCUAACAUGUUCAUUUGAUACUCUACGGCAAAAGGUUAAUAAGCUUCUUAGCUCUGAAUUUGCUAUGAAAGAUCUUGGUUCUCUAUCGUAUUUUCUGGGCAUAGCUAUUACUCGUACUUUAGAUACCAUGUUCUUAUGUCAACAGAAAUAUGCUCGGGAAAUUCUUGCGAGAGCAGACAUGUCUUCUUGUAAGGCGACAUCUACUCCAGUUGAUGCUAAGUCUAAAUUAAGUGUUGUUAGUGGUAAACAUGUUACUGAUCCAACUAGUUAUAGACGUUUUGCUGGGGCUCUUCAAUACCUUACUAUCACUCGACCCGACUUAUCAUAUGCAGUCCAACAGAUUUGUCUCUUUAUGCAUGAUCCAAGGGAACAACAUUUCCAGGCUCUAAAAAAGAUCUUUCGAUAUAACAAGGGAACUUUAAGUUAUGGCCUUCAUUUUAUUUCUUCUCCUGCCUAUGGAUUGGUUUCUUAUUCUGAUGUAGAUUGGGGAGACAAUCUUAUUUCCUGGUCUUCUAAACGACAAGCUACUGUUUCUCGUUCAAGUGCUGAGGCCGAAUAUAGAGGUGUUGCUAAUGUUGUCGCUGAAGCUGCUUGGAUUAGAAAUUUGUUAUUGGAGCUUCAUUGUUCAUUACCUAAAUAA